AAACAGCAGCAUGUCCAGCGCGGGGGAUUGGUGUUUGAUAGAAAGCGACCCGGGUGUUUUCACAGAACUUAUCCGAGGAUUCGGUGUGAAAGGUGUUCAGGUGGAAGAAAUAUGGAGUCUUGAUCCAGAAAGUUUCCAGAAUCUCAAGCCAGUCCAUGGACUCAUUUUCCUAUUCAAAUGGGUGCCAGAGACGGAGCCUGCUGGUUCCAUUGUACAAGACAGCAGGCUGGAGAAAAUAUUCUUUGCCAAACAGGUGAUCAACAAUGCUUGUGCUACUCAGGCCAUACUCAGCAUCUUACUCAACUGUAAUCACAAGGACGUGUCCCUGGGGGAAACGCUCACCUCCUUCAAAGAGUUUGCUCAGAGUUUUGACCCAGCGUUAAGAGGACUCAGUUUGAGCAAUUCUGAUGUUGUACGUCAAGUCCAUAACAGUUUCUCAAGGCAGCAAAUGUUUGAAUUUGAUGAGAAAUUGUCCAAGAAGGAUGAGGACGUGUUUCAUUUUGUUGGUUACCUGCCUAUUGAUGGCAGGCUAUAUGAGCUGGAUGGGCUGAAGGAAGGGCCGGUAGAUCUAGGAGCUAUUCCAGCAGAUGCUGACUGGUUAAACCUGGUCAAACCAGUCAUUGAAAAACGGAUACAAAAAUACAACGCAGAUGAAAUUCACUUUAAUCUCAUGGCUAUAGUCUCAGACAGGAAGAUGCUGUAUCAGCAGAAGUUGACAGAACUGUCCAACAAACUGGAGCAAGGUGGAAUGGAAUCUGAUGACAUCCAAUCAGAAAUCAGUAGGAUCAACAUGUUGAUUCAGGAUGAGGAUAUGAAGAUGGAGAGGUACAAGAAGGAGAAUAUUCGGCGUAAACACAACUACCUUCCAUUUAUUAUGGAGCUUCUGAAAAUACUCGCCAAGGAGCAGAAACUUGUUCCCCUGGUAGAAAAGGCAAAGGAAAAGAUUGCCAAGAAGAAGGAAGAAAAAGAGAAGUUGUCAGCAAAAUCUUAAAGGUUCUUUCACUGCCUAGUUGUCUCCCUUGAUCCCCAUCGUCCAUUGCAGACAGAGUUACUGGCGCCAUCGUUUUUCCGUUAAAUAUGUAGUGAUUUUGCUCAUCAUGUCUUAUCAUCACUUUUUCGAUCGCUAAGUACUUCCAAUGCUGUCUUUACAGUGACCAAUUCUAUGAUGUAUUUAUUUAUCUAGCUUUGAUGAAGGGUGAGAAAAAGUUGAAGCUUUAGGAUUCCCGUAUGGUUCAGGGUGCCAAUACCUUUAUAGUGGACAGUUGGAAAGUGACAUUGAAUAAAA